CAGAGAGAGAGAGACAGAGAGAGAGAGAGAGACAGAAGACUCAGAUCUGCUUCAACUUCAUCUCCUCUCCAACAGAGAAACAAGGACGUGUGGACAGGAGGACUCAGAGCUGCUGCAUCAACAAACAGACCAACAACACAGUCCAUAGUCACCACGUCACCGAGCUUCAGGAACUUCAGAUCCAUUUCUCUGGACCUCUUUCUGGGUUGACCAGGACUUUAAAAACACAGGUUCUCCAUCCUCAACUCCUGGGAAGCUGUUACCAUGGCAACGAAGACCACACAUGACAACAUCCCCAACAAAGUUCUUAUCCAUUCCGGAUCUCCUACUGUCUACCAGCUGACACCAAAGAAAGAGAAGAUUGGACCUCUGACAAGAAUGACUCUUGGUGAAAAAGAUCCAAACAAGGAAAACAAAACCAUCUUACUUGUUGGUGAAACAGGAACAGGAAAAUCUACUCUGAUCAACGCUCUGGUCAACUACGCCAUGGGAGUGGAGUGGGAGGAUGAUGUCUGGUUUCAGAUCGUAAAAGAUGAGAAGAGAAGUAAAUCAGGAAGUCAGACAUUAGAAGUGAUCGUGUACCAGAUCUUUGGUUUUGAAAGUAAAACUCUGCCCUACUCUCUGACCAUCAUCGAUACUCCUGGAUACAGAAGCAAUGAUGGGAUUGAAUGUGAUGUGAACAUCAUGGAAAGAUUAUUAGACUGGUUCCAGUCAGAGGAUGGAGUUCAUGAGAUUAAUGCAGUGGGUCUGGUGUUGACAGGGAGUGUGAAUCGACUGACUGACCGUCAGAGGUACAUCUUAGAUUCACUGAUCUCUCUGUUUGGAAAAGACAUGGAGAAGAACAUCGUCGCCCUCAUCACACACUCAGAUGGAAGAACACCUAAAAAUGUUCUGGAAGCUCUCGAGGCUGUGGAGAUUAAAUGUGCCAGAAAUGAGAAGUAUCAACCUGUUCACUUCCUGUUUAAUAACUGCCAGGAUGAAGACAGGACAGAGGAUGAAGAAGUCCUCAAACAUGCAGAUAAAAUAUCAAUGAAAGGAAUGAAUCAGUUCACAAACUUUCUGGUAAAAACUGAACCUCAGAGGAUGGAGAAAACCGUAAAUGUCCUGAACGGGCGAAUCAGACUGACAGCCUGCAUCCAAAACCUGAAAGACAGAAUUGAGUUGAUUGAUCUAAAGCAAACAGAGAUCCAACAGACUCAGGUUGCUCUGAAGAUGUAUGAACAAGAGAUGAAGAACAAUGAGAAGUUCACUAUAGAAGUUGAUGAGGUCUACAAAGAUAAAGAACGUAUUGAUGGUGGGAGGUGGGGGUUGGUGUUCUAUAAAGGAGCUGUCUGCUGUACUGUCUGUGAGGAGAACUGUCACUAUCCUGGAUGCACACUGGUCUGGGAUCCAGAAAGCUGUGAGUUUGCUCCGAGCGUCUUCACUGGAUCUUCAGCAGCUUUUGGAGUCUGUUGA